GAGCGCGCACGCGCGCAACCCGUACGUGGAUCAGACCCAGCAAUAACAGUCCUGACGGGAUGAGCUGAAAACAUUUUUGACCCGGUGGAAGUAACCCUCCUAUCCCGAGGUACGUGAUAGAAUGUGAGCGUGCGUGGAUCUCUCCAAGCGGGCUGCAUGAAGCCCCGGACGGUGUCAUGCGUCUUGCCCCGCAGCAGAGCGCGCACCCGCUGCGGCUCGCCGUCGUGCUCCUCCUGGUCUCCGCGGGGGUGCUCGCGUCCCCGCUGCUGUCGUCGGGCUGCCCGGACAGGUGCGUGUGCGACGACCAGCUGGUGGUUCAGUGCGCCGGGCAGCACCUGAGCGGCUUCCCGGCGGACCUGCCGCUGGCCACCCGGCAGCUCAUCAUCUCCGACAACCUCAUCGCGGAGCUCCCGCCCUUAGCCCUCAACUACCUCUCGGACCUGGUCUACCUGGACUGCAGCAACAACUCCCUGACCGAGGUCUCCCAGUCCACGUUCGGGAAUCUACGGAAGCUGGCCUAUCUCGACCUGUCCUUCAACACCCUGACCCGGAUCCAGGACCGGACCUUCGGGCCCCUGGCGAGCCUGAUCAUGCUGAGGAUGACGGACAACCCGCAGCUGUCCGACAUCCACCCGGACGCCUUCGCGGAAAAUCUCGCCCUGCAGGUUCUGGACGUGAGCAGGAACAAUUUGACGGAGCUGAACGUCACGUCGCUCGUUGCGUUGCCGGCCCUGCGCUCCCUGGGACUCAGCGGGAACCCCUGGAGCUGCGAGUGCGUCCUGGAGGAGCUCUGCCUCUGGGUGCACCUGGAGGGCUUCAAGUUCCAAGACGAGGGCCAGACCGUGUGCGCUUCCCCGGACGACCUGGAGGACCGUCGUCUCGGCGAGAUGGGGAUCCAACUACGGACGUUGUGUCACCCCACUCUGGGCUCCUGGGACUACCUUUUCUUCGUGAUCAUCGGCUUCGUCAUCUUCGCCGCGGGCACCGUGUCGGCCUGGGUAAUGGGGGUCAUCAUGGUGCUCUACGAGCGCUACAUCAAAAAGAAGGACGAGCAGCUGGAACUGGACGAGGGGGACGAGGGGGGGAUGGGCCGGACCGCACGGGCCAGGAGUGACCACGGGGAUGCUUUGUUAAAACACACUGUAUAGGGGUUCUUUGUUAAAACACACUGUAUAGGGGUUCUUUGUUAAAACACACUGUAUAGGGGUUCUUUGUUAAAACACACUGUAUAGGGGUUCUUUGUUAAAACACACUGUAUAGGGGUUUUUGGCCUCUUUUUUUUCUCACUUUGGAUUGUCACUGUGACAGUUUGCGACUUUUUUGAUAGGUUGAUUGGGAAGUGUCUGACUGACAAGGAGGAUGUGAGUCAAGCCGGUUCCCUCCAAGCUUGUAUGACCAUUUAGGGUACAGCCAUUGUUGUGUACAAGUUGAUAACUUAUAUUUUGAGCGUCAGAUGGCGACCUACCUCGCAAACACUGCCAGAUCUAUCAAGGUACAAUCGAAAUGUCCCUUCUGGUACUCAUGGACCACAUAGGGCUUAUUGCUGGACUCCUGUAUAAAACUUGUACCUUUUCCAGGGCCCAAGAGCUAUAUGCAUGUUUCAAAAGCAGUACUUUUUUAGGGUACCACACCAGCGACAAACUGUUAUCUGCUGCGAGAGAUUAGUACAAUCAAUCAAAAAAAAAAAAAAAAAAGCUACACUAAAUUGCCAAAAGUAUUUGGCCACCCAUCCAAUUGAUUAGAAUCAGAUGUCUUAAGGCAGGGGUGUCCAAAGUGCGGCCCGGGGACCAUUUGGGGCCCACAGCCAGUAGUUUACCGGCCCGCCACACGUUCUGGAAAUGCUAUUGCAAAAAUAAAAAAAUAAAAAUAAAAAAAGUGGAAUGAGGUUAAAUCUGACUAGAAAAAGUUGCAAUGUUGACACAAAGCUGCCAUGCAGGCUGUUUUUUUUCUUUUUUUGCCAUUUCUUAAUAAAAAAGAAAAAAAUAACUCAAUGUUAUAAUGAAUUAUUGACCUAUUCAAGGCUCCAAUUAUUUCAAAUAUUUAACUUUAAAAUGUUUUAUGUGGAAAAUAUUGUCACGAGGGGGGGGGUCGCAGCGUGCUGCGGGGUUGUUCUUCCAGUGCAAAGACGGCUCCGGGCGACAGCGUGAAGGUAGGCUUGGAUUUAUUUAACAUAAAUAAAUCACUACCAUAACCACAAAAAUACAACAAAAAAGGCAAGCGUGCCUAAAACACAAAUGAAGCUGCUAGUUAACAGAAACUAUGACAUGGACUAUGAAAACUUACUUGGUCAGAAUGAUACCUGAACUGGUGUGACAUAAAGACAAUGAACGCAGAACGAGUGAACAGAAAGAAAGACUUAAAUAACACAGACAUGAUUAACAACAGGUGCGUGACUCAAAACGUGAAACAGGUGCGUGACAUGACAGGUGAAAACUAAUGGGUGACCAUGGAAACCAAACCAAACAAGGAAGUGACACCAGGAACUAAAAAAAAAGAGUCCACAAAACAAACAGCACAUGGCCAAACAAAAACAUGAUCAACAGAAAUGACAGAGCCCCUCCCUUAAGGACAGAUCCCAGAUGUCCAAAAACAAAAAAAACAAGGCAGGAUCAAGAGUCAUGGGAGGGCGGGAGGGGGACAUGGCGGUGGGUCGCCAGACCAGGUGUCCCCGAAUCCACCGGGGCAGAGUCAGGUGGCGGCGGCGGGUAGACCGCCGCUGAACCUGACGAGGUGGGCGACCUGCGAAUGGCCACAUUCGUGGCAGACGAGGAGGUCGGCGCACCUGGCGUGGCGGACGCCAAUGGAAUGGCCACAUCCUUGGCCGACGAGGAGGUGGGCGCGUUGUCGUGGCAGGCGGCGAAGCUUGGCGUGGUGCGUCAGGCGGCAAAGCUUGGCGUGGGGGGGUCUUUGUCUUGGCAUGGGUGGUCUUGGUCUUGGCAUGGGUGGUCUUGGCCUUGGCGGUCUUGGUCUUUGCAGCGUGGGUCAUGGUCUUGGCAGCGUGGGUCAUGGUCUUGGCAGCGUGGGUCAUGGUCUUGGCAUGGUUGGUCUUGGUGUUGGCAGGGUUGGUCUUGGACUUGGACUUGGUCUUGGCAUGGUUGGUCUUGGACUUGGUCUUGGCAUGGUUGGUCUUAGACUUGGCAUGGUUGGUCUUGGACUUGGCAUGGUUGGUCUUGGACUUGGUCUUGGUCUAGGCGAGGGUCUUGGUCUUGGCGUGGUGCAGGAACCGGAGCUUGGCGUCGUGGUGCAGGAACCGGAGCUUGGCGUCG